CUGCCGAAAGGAGGAAAGCAGCUGCUCAUGGAGAUGGGGCUGUGGGAAGGCGAGUCAACCCUACGCGUUCACGAGUGCAGCGCGUGCAGGGCGGAAAAGGCGGCAACAAGGCAAGCCAUUACCGCCUUCAACCGCGGUGGAGAGGGGCAGCAGCAGGUGGUGGACAACACGGGGCAGGGAGAGGAGGACGGCGGAGAGGACGGGGACUCGGGUGGGAGCGGGGCAGCUGGUGAAGCAGGCAAGAGGCGUCGCUGCUGCGUCGUGCGCGUUCUGUCUGAGCUCAAGGCGUUCAGGGAGGAGCUCAACAUGGUU